AUGGCUCUACCCUUGCAAUUACCUAAUAGUUCUACGCUAGCACAAUUAUUGGAUCAAAAUCAGCUGCAUGCGAGAAGCAAUGUCCAAAGGAUAUUAAUUCAACCGUGCGAAUCGAUAGAUUGGCUUUCUGCAAUUGACACCCUUUCAGAAUACAAUGACCUACUCUUAUCGCAGCUGCUUGGUCUCUCACAGGAGAAUCAAGAUAAAUUGCCUCUAUUAGAUGACAUUGUAAUACUAAUCAUUGAUCUAUCGUAUUUUCAUCAAGGUAUCAUACUGGAUUCAUUACAACGAGCAUAUGAUACACCGGAAACGGGAUCACAAUUAUGGUCCAACAAUGGUCCCUACUUAAAGAAUGGGUUAGGGUAUACGGAUUACCUAUCUUAUUUACUAUUGAAGUUUCAAUAUACCACGCCACAUUUUUCACUGGUUAAUGAGCUGGCCCUGCAAUUUAAAUUGCUACAACAGUUAGGGGUUAUAAUCCUUACAUUGUCAAAAUUAAGAUCCAAAAUAUACGCCAAUGGAAAAAAUGCAAUUCUUGAUUUCCAAGAACUUGAAUUGAAGGAAUUAUCCAAAUCAAGUUUAUUUUUGGCAAAAUUAUGUAUUGGAUGUCAAGAUCUGAUGUCAACUAAUAAUAAUAAACAGCUCAUUGCAUAUCUCAAGGGCCUCACUUAUUUGUUCUUAUCGAUGGAUGAAUACAGAAAUGAUCAAUGUGGGGUGGCCAUUGGAAUGUUGAAACAAUGCAUAUUUUGUCUCUCUAAUAUUAUCCCUUUAUCGCAAUUAAAUUCUACCAUAUUAUCUGAAAAGACUAUCAAUAAGAAAAGUAUGUUCAAGUUAAAGUUUGCUCAGAAGAAAACGAAAUUGAAGACAAACCUUGAGGACACAAUUCAAAUAAAGAAAAAGAAGGAGGGAGGUGACACGGUGAAUAUUAACUUGAUCCAUUUGUUAAAGGAUACGCUAGAUGAUUUCAUAAUACCAUUAAUUACAUUAUUGAAUUAUAGGUAUAACAAAACCAAUGACAAGCUGACAUUCAUGCCCAUUGAGGAAGAUAUUAAGAAGUUACAAGCAUUAAUUCCUAGAGGUAAAACUUCGGAUCUUGUUGGAACAAAAUGGGACUUUAGAAAUGGAAAACUAAGGCAAGAGGCAUCUUCGUCAAAUAGUGGAAAGGAAGACUACUUUUAG